GUUUAAACCUCACAACUAAAUGUAGGUUUGUAUUAUUUAUUGAGCUUUUACUUUAGUUUCUCUUGACAAUAGCAAUUUAAAUUGACUGACAGAGAUUGAGGAGGAGGAGGAGGGAUUUGAAUGGACUGAUGGACAGAAGACACUAAACAUAAACAUGGAUACUUUGUACAAACUGUUGUUCAGCUCUAAAGCUGCACCAACAGUUAAACACCACGGCUUGUACAACCAUGGAGCAACCUGCUACCUGAACAGUGUUCUGCAGGUUCUGUUCAUGACCAGAGAGUUCAGAGAAGCAGUCAGCAGGUUUACAGAAAACAAUCCUGACACUGAGGUGUUUAUUGAUGCUGAUCUUAAACAUUUGUUUGAUGACUUACUGCGUGGGACUACAUACACAUAUAAAAUAAUAGAAGCACUUAAGAUUGACUCAAUGUCUGAACAGCGCGAUGCAGCAGAAUACUUUGAGAAGAUUUUAAACAUGACAAGUCCAGAUGCAGCAAAGAUCUUCCAUGGAAGAAUGGCACACAGGACCACAUGUACUAAUUGUUUAAAAGUGACCGACUCAGAUGGACCGUUCUGCCAUCUCCCCUUUGAACUGYAGGAUUCUUGCAGUGGAAACUACAGCGUGUACUUCUGCAAAUUUGUCAUGAUGGAGUACUGA